GCUGAUUUGUAUGCCGUCCAUCUGCACGAAGCGACGGUUGACGACACGCCACAGGAUAUCGACAAAAUUUGUGCCAGUGUCCCUGCCAAGCUCGCUGCGCUGAUUCGACAGUACCCGGAUAUUUUUCUGGAUUACCUGCCAGCCGGAUUGCCAUCUGAGCGCCCCCAGGACCAUAAAAUUGACCUGGAACCUGGCGCGCAGCCAACCGUCAGGACACAGUGGCGGCUGACUCAGCCUGAACUCACGGAAUUGCGAAGCCAGCUGGACUACCUACUGGAGAAGGGGUUCAUUCGACCCAGCACGUCCCCGUUCGCAGCACCCAUUAUGUUCACACCAAAAAAAAUCGGAGGGCUACGAAUGUGCAUUGAUUACCGGGCGCUGAAUCGAAUAACCAUCAAAUCUCGCUACCCAAUCCCACGCGCGGACGAUCUCCUCGACCAACUUCGCGGGGCUCGCUUCUUCAGCAAGAUUGACCUGCGAGGCAUACACGAUGAUGCCGUUUGGCCUCACGAAUGCGCCCUCUACAUUCCAACUGACCAUGAACGGCGUGUUCAGAGAUUUACUCGACAAGUGCGUCAUCGAUAUCUCGAAGACAUCUUGGUCUUCAGCAAGACACAGGAACAGCACCUCAAGGACCUCGACCGGGUUUUCCAACGGCUGCAGCAGAAUCGACUCAUCAGCAAAGGCUCUAAGUGCGAGUUCCUAAAAUCUGAACUGGAUUUUUUGGGACACGUCGUCGAAGCGGAAGGCAUUAAGAUCGACUCGAAAAGGAUCACCACAAUCCGCGACUGGAACCUUGGGCCGUGGAGGUAGUGUAAGGAAUUUUAUUCCUU